GUUGAUUUUAUAAUCAAUGGAAUAUCUUGGCUCUAAAUAUGUCUGCAGGACCCAUUAUUGACAAAAGAACCAAGUUUGGUUCCUUUAAUUGGAAUAGAUGUCUGGGAACACGCGUGCUAUCUGCAGAUAAGCUCUUUAUACUUCCAAAGAGGAACUUACUGAUAAUUAUAAGACUGUUUCCAUUGCUAUGAUUGAAAAAAACUCAGGGUGCAUUUUAUUUUUUUCUUUUUCCAAAACUUGUUUCAGUCUCUAUUAUCUUUUUUUUUUAAGAAACUAGAUGUUACUUGUUUUAUAAAAUUCGAAAUUGUUUGGAAGGUUAUUUUCACAUAAUAAAAUAGAAAAUUCAGACCGACAAAUAAGAUACGAAAUAGCUAAUAUGGCUUGUUGAAUGAAUGAUAAUGACACGUAAAAACAUAAUCGCGUGAAAUUGCCUUAUACCCAGAUCUCGGAACCAACCAAUGGAUUGGCCAACUUGAACCAUGUGUCUAUUGUUUCAUCUACCGUAGCGGAACAACUGAUUAAUCUUCUAAGAUUAGCUCUGACAUCGUUAUGACUUCCGUGAAAUUGCUUGGCUCCUACAUCAUCUACCAACCUGCAAUUUCUGGAAAAUGGGUUCGGAUGAAAAGCUGGAAAAAUCAAGGGAUGGGAACUGAUGGGUCAAGGCUAUGGAGAAUUUGCUAGGUCCUUUGCCAGAGAGGUUUCCAUGAAGUUGAAGGUGAAGCAUAAAUGUGUGACGGACUAUCUAGUCCAAAGGGAUGAUCAAGUGGAAGGUCUCAUGGAGCUUUUAGAUAUUGAAUCAACUGAAGUACGUUUUGUUGGGAUCCAUGGGAUGGGCGGGAUUGGAAAAACUACUCUAGCCAAGCUUGUCUUCAAUAAGCUCUUGGGUCGUUUUGAGAAGUGUAGCUUCCUUGCUGAUGUUCGAAGUAAGGGUAUUGAACUUUUGCAGAAACAACUGCUGGACAAUCUUGGUCUCGGAUCAGGGGAAAUUAUGGAUGUGGAUGAUGGGAUCAUAAGGAUGAGAGAAAGACUUGCCCAUAAGAAAGUUCUAAUUGUUCUUGAUGAUGUAGAUCACAGGAAUCAGAUACAGAAGCUAGCGGGGGAUGCUAGUUGGUUCGGUUCUGGAAGCAGAAUUCUUAUCACUACCCGGGACCAGCGUGUUGUACAGAGAUUUCACAUUUUGGAAGUGGAGGAAAUGAAACCUGAAGAAGCUCUUCGACUUUUCAGCAUGCAUGCCUUUGAAAAGGACUCCCCUCCGAACGGUGACUACCUCAGACUCGCAAAGGAGGCUAUUAAAAGUAGCGGCCGACUUCCUUUGGCUUUGGAGGUCAUAGGUUCAUUUCUUCGGGACAAGCGUCCUAAAGAAUGGGUUGACACAAUCAACAGGUUGGAGAGGGUACCUCACCCAGAUGUCCAAGAAAAGCUAAAGAUUAGCUAUGACGCUUUAGAUGAUAGGACAAAACAGAUAUUUCUCGACAUUGCGUGUUUUUUCAUCGACCAUGACAAAAGAUAUCCGAGUUACAUGUGGGAAGCUUGUGAUUUCGAACCAAAGAUGGAGCUGAAAGUGUUCGUCCACCUGUCCAUGGUAAAAAUCAUAAAAUACUUCGGAAUGAAAAAAUUAUGGAUGCACGAUCAGCUGUGGGACCUCGGAAGGAAAAUCAUCACUAAUGAGAGUCUCAAGGACAUUGUAAGGCGCAGCAGAUUAUGGAGGCCCGAGGAUGCUUUAAAAGUGCUCCAGCAAGACGAGGACAAACCAAACAUUGAGAUGCUGCGCGUUCGCUCUUUUGAUUACUCAGAAGAUGCGGGAGAUGGAUACAUCUUAACGCAGAAAGAACUUUCAAGUCUCCGAAGCUUGAGAUAUCUGGAAUGCUCUGGAGCAAACUUUUCAGGACGCCUGGAGCAUCUUCUGCCGAAGCUAAUGUGGCUUUCUUGGCGACGUUGUCCUGAGAAAUUCAUGGGAACUGGUUUAUGCUUGGGGAAUCUUGUCAUUCUUGACCUCUCGUGCAGUUCUAUAAGCGAAACUUGGGGUGGAUGGAACCAGAUUGGGACGGGAAACAGCUUGAAAGUUCUCGACCUUCGCAAUUGCCAUUGCUUGACAAAAACGCCCGAUUUGUCUAAGUAUUCGACUCUAGAGAGGUUGAUUCUUUGCCAAUGCACGAACCUGGUUGAAAUACAUCCAUCGAUCGGUAAGUUGAGAUGCCUAAAAGAAUUGGAUCUCGAGUUUUGCUUUUCUCUGGAAGGCUUGCCCGAAGAAUUGUGUUGUCCAGAAUUAAUUGAUAUAGACACUGCCAAAUUACCUCAGAGAAUUGGACGACUAGGGAAGCUUGAGAUCCUCAAUUUAUAUAAAUGUAGAUCGCUGGAGGAAAUUUCAGAUUCACUGGGGAAUCUAAGAUCACUAUCUGAUUUGGAUAUGUUAGGGACACGAAUUACUGAACUACCUGAUACUAUUGGGAAUCUAAAGAAGCUGGCUAGGCUGGAUCUAUCGGAGACACGAAUUACUGAACUACCUGAUUCUAUUGGGAAUCUAAAGAAGUUGAGAGUGAUCAAGAUGGCAGGAAUUGAGAUUAAGGAGUUGCCGUCCUCCAUCGGGAUGCUGAAGAGGCUUGAAGUGCUGGAUGCUGAGCGGUGUGAAUCACUCGCAAAGAUUCCAUCAACAAUCGGGGGGCUCACCUGCUUGAGGGUCUUGAAUUUAAAAGAAACCAGUGUCUGUCGAUUGCCGCCAAAGCUUCCCACCAGUUUGAUCGAACUACAUGUCUCAUCAAUUUCACUGCCAAGAUUGUAUCCAUCAGGCCAAAUACGACCUUCCAAGUUGAGGGGGGUCGCGAAGCUUCACAAAAUAGCGGAUUUGACAUUGGAUAUCCACAUGAUGAAGCUGCCGCGGUAGCUAUAUCUACUGUAAAGGAGUUUUCGGAUGGCUUGAAAGAGGUGCACUUUGUUCUGUUCUCGGACGAGAUUUAUGAUGCUUGGUCAAGCAAAGCAAAGGAGCUUCUUCAGAAUUAAAAUGGAUAGCUCAUCAUGGACCGAUUGGCCGUGUAUUGAAGAAGAGGAGCUCCUCGUGCUCUGUUUCAAUGAGUGCAGAACUAGUGAAUAAUCACGGAUUGGCUCUUGUUGGGCUCUGCAGCCUGGUGACUUUUUUGCUCCCCGAUCUUCCCUACGACUACGGUGCCCUGGACCCUACGACUACAGUGCCCUGGAGC